AUCGGCUUCCGGGCGAGUUUCCCCGGAGAAAGAGGCGAAGCGCCGAAGGAAUUCCAGGCAUUUCUAGAUCAUCAUCGGGGCUUUGGGAAGACAGAAGAAACUUACACACUAGGAACAGAAGGUACUCAGUGUGUGCAUGAAGGAUAAAAGCCCGGCCAACGUUUUGGUUUCUCUCGCGGGAGCCAGAUGGCUUCAAGGCCACAGUCAAGACCGGUUCCUCUCUGCGGUGGAGGAGAAACGUCGACGAUGCAGCCUGCUCAGGUUUUGGUGACCUUCGAGGAGGUGACCGUGUAUUUCACCAAGGAAGAGUGGGCCCUGCUGGAUCCAGGCCAAAGGGCUCUGUACAAGGAAGUCAUGUUGGAGAAUUAUGGGAACGUGGCUUCUUUAGGUGAUGGUCAGGAUAGAUAUCAUUCUCCGAAGCCCUUUCAGAUCCCAUCAAGAACAACAAACCAGGAAGAAAAGGAGGAAGAGACCUUUGAGGAUCAAGAUGGAACAAGGUGGCAGGAGGAAAAUCAAGAAGAGAAUAGGAGGGAUACAUCUGUUUUUAGCCAUGCUGAUGACUUCUGUCAAAUCCCAAUCCAGCAAGAACAUCAGACGGGAAAGAGAAAGAAUGAGAGCUUUUCACAGGGGAAAAUGUCCUGUUCUAAAUCUAAACUUAAUUCACACUGCAGGAUUCGCACAGGGGAGAAACCUUAUGUACGCAAGGACGGUGUAAAGAGCUUCAGCAGGAGCACACGGCUUAAUUCACAUCAGAGAAUCCACACAAAGGAGAAACCUUAUUCAUGUUUGGAAUGUGGGAAGAGCUUUAGUCAGAGCUCCCACCUUACUUUGCAUCAAAGAAACCACAAAGGAGAGAAGUCAUAUAAAUGUUUGGAAUGUGGAAAGAGCUUUUGUCAGAGUUCAGCUCUUGCUGAACAUCAAAGGAUGCACACAAGGGGGAAAGCGUACAGAUGUCCGGAGUGUGGAAAGAGCUUCAGUCAGAACUCAAGCUUUAUUUUACAUCAAAAGACUCACACUGGAGAGAAAUCGUAUAAAUGCAUGGCGUGUGGAAAGGACUUCAGUCAAAGCACACAUCUAAUUCAACACCAAAAAAUUCAUAUGGGGGAGAAACCAUAUGAAUGCAAAGACUGUGGAAAGAGUUUCUUCCAUAGGACAAACCUUUGUUCACAUAAGAGAAUUCACACGGGGGAGAAACCAUAUAAAUGUUUGGAAUGUGGGAAGAGUUUCAGUCAUAGCACGUAUCUUAGUUCACAUAAGAGAACUCACACAGGGGAAAAACCGUACAAAUGCUUUGAGUGUGGAAAGACAUUCAGUCAGAAGGCACACCUUACUUCCCAUCAAAGAAUCCAUACAGGGGAGAAGCCAUAUAAAUGCUUUGAGUGUAGAAGGAGCUUCAGUCAGAGCUCACAUCUAACUUUGCAUCAGCGAAUCCACACUGGAGAGAAACCAUAUAACUGCUUGACAUGUGGAAAGAACUUCAGUAAUCGCACAUACCUUAAUUGCCAUCAAAGAAUCCACACGGGGGAGAAGCCGUAUACAUGUUUUGAGUGUGGAAGGAGUUUCAGUCAAAGUUCAAGCCUUGCUUCACAUCAGAAAACCCACACCGGAGAGAGACCAUAUAAAUGCAUGGAGUGUGGAAAUAAAUUCAGUCACAGUGCUCAACUAACCCAACAUCAAAGAAUACACACAGGAGAAAAACCAUACACAUGUUUGGAAUGUCAAAAAAGCUUCAACAGUACCGCAGGCCUCACUUCACAUAAGAGAGUUCAUACAGGGGAGAAACCAUAUAAAUGUCUGGAGUGUGGAAAGAGCUUCAGCCAUAAAUCGGUGUUACAUUUGCAUCAAAGAAUUCACACUGGGGAGAAGCCUUAUAAAUGCUUAGAGUGCGGAGAGAGCUUUGCUCGGAGCACAUACCUUAAGCAGCAUCAAAGAAUUCACAGUGGGGAGAAGCCCUAUAAAUGCUUUGAGUGCGGAGAGAGCUUUGCUCGGAGCACGAACCUUAACACACACCUUAAGCAGCAUCAAAGAAGUCACACUGGGGAGAAGCCCUAUAAAUGUUUAGAGUGCAGAGAAAGCUUUGCUCGGCGCUCAGAACUUAACCGUCAUCAAAGAAUUCACACUGGAGAGAAGCCCUAUAAAUGUUUAGAGUGUGGAAAGAGCUUUACUCAGAGCAAUAACCUUAAGCAGCAUCAAAGAAUUCACACUGGGGAGAAGCCUUAUAAAUGCUUAGAGUGCGAAGAGAGCUUUUCUCACAGCACAAGCCUUAAGCAGCAUCAUAGAAUUCACACUGGGGAGAAGCCCUAUAAAUGCUUGGAGUGUGGGAAAAGCUUUGCUCACAGCCCAAACCUUAAGCUGCAUCAAAGCAUUCACACUGGGGAGAAGCCAUAUAAAUGCUUUGAGUGUGGCAAGAGCUUUGCUUGUCGCCAACACCUUAAGCGGCAUCAAGGAAUUCACACUGGGGAGAAGCCGUAUAAAUGCUUAGAGUGCAGGAAGAGCUUUGUUCACAGCUCAAACCUUAAGCGGCACCAAGGAAUUCACACUGGGGAGAAGCCCUAUAAAUGCUUAGAGUGCGGAAAGAGCUUUGAUCGAAGCUCAAGCCUUAAGCUGCAUCAAAGAACUCAUACUGGAGAGAAACCCUAUAAAUGCUUAGAGUGCGGAUUGAGCUUUGCUCAAAGCUCAAGCCUUAAGCGACAUCAAAGAAUUCACACUGGGGAGAAGCCCUACAAAUGCUUAGAGUGCAGAGAGAGCUUUGCUCAAAGCUCAAGCCUUAAGCAGCAUCAAAGAAUUCACACUGGGGAGAAGCCCUAUAAAUGCUUAGAGUGCGGGAAGGCCUUUGCUCGCAGCUCAAGCCUUAAGCUGCAUCAACAAAUUCACACUGGGGAGAAGCUCUAUAAAAGCUUACCCUAUAAAUGCUUUGAGUGUGGAAAGACCUUUGCUCAGAGCACACACCUUAAGCGGCAUCAAGUAAUUCACACUGGAGAGAAGCCCUAUAAAUGCUUAGAAUGCGGGAAGACCUUUGCUCACAGCACCAGCCUUAAGCUGCAUCAAGGAAUUCACACUGGGGAGAAGCCCUUUAAAUGCUUAAACUGUGGGAAAAACUUUGCUCAGAGCUCAAGCCUUAAGGAGCAUCAACGAAUUCACACUGAGGAGAAGCCCUAUAAAUGCUUUGAGUGUGGGAAGACCUUUGCUAAGAGCACACACCUUAAGCGGCAUCAAGUAAUUCACACUGGAGAGAAGCCCUAUAAAUGCUUAGAAUGCAGGAAGACCUUUGCACACAGCACCAGCCUUAAGCUGCAUCAAAGAAUUCACACUGGGGAGAAGCCCUUUAAAUGCUUAAACUGUGGGAAAAACUUUGCUCAGAGCUCAAGCCUUAAGGAGCAUCAACGAAUUCACACUGAGGAGAAGCCCUAUAAAUGCUUUGAGUGUGGGAAGACCUUUGCUAAGAGCACACACCUUAAGCAGCAUCAAGUAAUUCACACUGGAGAGAAGCCCUAUAAAUGCUUAGAAUGCAGGAAGACCUUUGCACACAGCAGCAGCCUUAAGCUGCAUCAAAGAAUUCACACUGGGGAGAAGCCCUAUAAAUGCUUUGAGUGUGGGAAGACCUUUGCUAAGAGCACACACCUUAAGCUGCAUCAAGUAAUUCACACUGGAGAGAAGCCCUAUAAAUGCUUAGAAUGCAGGAAGACCUUUGCACACAGCACCAGCCUUAAGCUGCAUCAAAGAAUUCACACUGGGGAGAAGCCCUAUAAUUGCAUAGAGUGUGGGAAGACCUUUGCACACAGAAGCAGCUUUAAGCUGCAUCAACGAAUUCACACUGGGGAGAAGCCCUAUAAAUGCUUAAACUGUGGGAAAAACUUUGCUCGGUGCUCAAGCCUUAAGGAGCAUCAACGAAUUCACACUGAGGAGAAGCCCUAUAAAUGCUUUGAGUGUGGGAAGACCUUUGCUCAGAGCGCACACCUUAAGCGGCAUCAAGUAAUUCACACUGGAGAGAAGCCCUAUAAAUGCUUAGAAUGCGGGAAGACCUUUGCACACAGCACCAGCCUUAAGGAGCAUCAACGAAUUCACACUGGGGAGAAGCCCUAUAAUUGCAUAGAGUGUGGGAAGACCUUUGCUCGGAGCUCAAGCCUUAAGCAGCAUCAAAGAAUUCACACUGGGGAGAAGUAGUAUAAGUGCUCAGUGUAGUAUUUAUAGCAUCAUAAAAUAGUAGAGUUGGAAGGGACCUACAGGGCCAUCAUGUCCAACCCCCCUGCUCAAUGCAGGAAUCCACCCUAAAACAUACCUGACAGAUGGUUGUCCAGCUGCCUCUUGAAGGCCUCUAGUGUGGGACAGCCCACAACCUUCCAAAGUAACUGAUUCCAGUGUCGUACUGCUCUAACAGUCAGGAAGUUUUUCCUGAUGUC